CUUGAAAAACGUGGUUUAACGGUACCACACUAGGAUAUUUUUUUAUUUGGAGAUCUAAGCAAUAUGUAGUUGGUCCACUAAUAACUUUGUGUUCUGUUUGCCUUCUAAACUGAGACAUGCUUGUGGGUUGUUUUAUGAUUGAUUUAAAAGUUAUAGGUAUCAUAUGAUAAAUUUAAAUGUGUAUGAAUUCUAGAUUUGUUUCUUUUUAUGAGCGGUUAUAGAAAAACUUGAUACAAAUAUUUUGUUACAUAGUUAAGACGUUUCAAACUGAAGAAGUAUGACUGCUAAAGUCAAGCAUGAGAAGGGAGACCUAAGACAGUGUUUGUCUUGUAAACUAAUUGUUUGUUUGAAAGAUGUCCAGUUACAUAGUUCUUGCUGUCCAAAAACAUAUGACAUACCGGAAAAUAAAAGUUUUAAUGUAUCGCAAAACUUAGUGGUUCCAGAGAAAGGGAAUUCAAAUUUAUAUGGUUUUAUUAAAAAUGCUGCUUUGUAUGCUGUUGUGAAGGAGCUACCAAAGAAAGAAAGACCUAAGCAUUUGCCAGCAGUUAUAGCUCGUAAUGUCAUUACUUGUCACCCUGCUGCUAUGAAACUAUGUGAGAUAUGUAUAGGAGACAGAGUAUUGGUAACAAACUACAAUACCACAAGUCAGCAGCUACAUUAUGCUUGGCCAUCUUAUUCUCUUCCUCCGACUUCUGUUUCAUUUGGAAAAGAUGCUUGUGAAAGUUAUCAGUUUGGACAAGUUGUUGGAGUUCGUGCCUAUAAGAGAAAACUGUUGAAAGCAGCAUCUGUCACCCUUCUUCCAAUUGGUGGAAGCUACGAACUAUCUCAUAAUGACAGUUUCUUGAGGACAUUUCUGCUUCAGAUCUGUAAGUAA